AUGAACCAAAUUCCAGUGUGGAAACAGUCCCUGGAAACCGGACAGAUGGCAUUUACUUUGGCACAAUUUGAGGCCUUGGAGAUUUGCCUGAAGGAAGCAGAAGAAAAGGCUAAGUCUUUAUCUGAACAGCUUGCAGCCUCUGAAGGAACAAAAUCAAAACUGCUUGAGCAAGUUUCCUGGCUGGAGGGAAAACUGCAGACUCUGGACCAUAACGAAGACAGUGGGGAACCAUACCAAAAAAUAGUUCUUGCAAAAGACCAGCAUAUUGAGAAAUUACAAGCUGAAUUGAAAACUUCCCAGGAGCAACUUACAGCCCAUAAACUAAAGCACAAAAGGAAACUGAAAAAGCUGCAAACUGAUUUGGCAACAGCGAAGCAAGAGGCUGCCAUCACAGUCCUGGAACUCAAGGAGAAGAUAAGGACUCUAUGUGAAGGGAAGCCAGCCCCUAGAGAAGACAACUCUCGGGAAGAGUCCUAUGGCAGUCUCCCGCCUGUGGAAGAAAGUGAUCGAAAACUUAACCUGAUUAUAGAGUUGUCAAUGCAGGUUUCCCUUCAGACUGAGAAGAUUACCCAGCUGGAAGAAGUUUUAGAGGAAAAGGAAAGGAAGAUUCAGCAGCUGGAAGCUGAGCAGGGAUCCCAUCCCUUCCAAGAGGCUGAGGACUCUCCAGAAUGUUUACAAGAAGCCCCAAUUUUCUUUAAUGAUAGUAUCACCCCUGUUGUCUCUGAUGAGGAUAUGUAAGGAAUCCUAAUAGGAAAAUAAUAAACGCUUAUUAAGUGUCACCAGUGUAAAGUUCAGAACCCAGCUAGUCUCUCCUUCAGCAAAUUCAAGUUCAAAAUGAUGGGUUUGAAUAUAUCCUAUAAUGUUCGUAUUGUAAGGAAACAAAGAGGAAUCUUCAGAAGCAAUUCCCUCAUAUUUCCCCUUCAGACACAUCAGCAGUCAGGUAACCCACACAUUUGUGGAAUACUAUGUCUUUAGACAUCCCAGGUAACCAUGGGAGAGAGAAAAACACAUAACUAGAAGGAUGGUCAAAGAACAGAGUAUUGUUUUCUCACCAGAGGUUUGUCACUUUGCAAGGUGGCACCACACCUGUGUCCAUGAGCAACUCAUCUGCAAACAGAAUACUAUCAUGGAAGGCAAGCUUCAAAGGGGGAAGUUUAGGGUACUGAUGACUGGACUCAUUGCCAGCAGAGUAAACAGCCAUGAGGUCUGCUUUUUCAUGUCCUCUAGAAUAUAUUUCUUUAUGGCAUGUA